GGGGGAAGCGAAAAAGUCAGUCAAACGAUUUCAAAUCAGUGGAUCAACGUACACAAUGGCCAUCGCCCAUUUAAAAAGAAGGUUUGGCAAUCUUCAGCUACUGCUCGAAGAAUUGGCUAG